GAACCCCAGAUUUAACGCAUCACGGGAACGGUAGGGCCAACUCAAUAGCAGAAUCAUCCUCAACACCACCCACACACAGCGCGCCAGCGGGAUCAACCAACUCGCGUGGGUCAAACAACGUAUACGAGGCAAUGGGGAGUACCGAACAGAGCAAGAAUGACGGUACUGCUACGGUAGUUGGUGAAGGAGGACAGUACGGGACGAAAGAGGGAGACAAAGAUAGUCCCGUUGUCAUGGCAACACGCAUGUACUCGCAUCACGGCAGCAGUAUAUACCAGAACACUCGACAUCAGGAGAUAUCCCAUACCCAGCACCACCCACACUCCACCACGCAUAACAAUAGAAGGCCUAAAUCUGACAACCACAGCGGCAAGACACAAUCCCGUGUCAAAUCGCUCGGAGGUAUGCCUCGUACAUCGUGA